AUGUCCGCAAUCCAAAAUCUUAACGUCUACGACCCUUUCGCUGACACCGGUGAAGACGAGGCAGGGCAAACUCAAGGAUAUAUUCAUAUUCGUAUUCAACAGAGAAACGGUCGAAAGACUUUGACUACUGUACAAGGAGUACCAGCUGAUUAUGACCAAAAGAAAUUGUUAAAAGCCUUCAAGAAGGAAUUCGCAUGCAAUGGAACUCUAGUUCAAGAUGAAGAGCUUGGACAAGUGAUUCAAUUACAAGGAGACCAACGUCUCAAAGUUUCCAACUUCCUCGCCGAAGAAGGAAUCGACAAAAAGAUCAUCAAGAUCCACGGUUUCUAG